GAUCUAACAACCCGCAAUUCGUGUACCUAACGUUCAUAACGACUGGAAGCUGUAAGCCGUGGGCUCAUGCCUUUAUGCUUAUUGGAAGGCCUUAGAAUUCCAUGCUGCCUAGGUAUUCCAGACUACUUCUUGAUAAACUCAUCAUUUUUGAUAGCUUAGAAUAUCAGUGCUUCUUCAAAAACACAUACAGACAUCUGUGGGAAACCAACAUUCGUGUUCUGUCUUCAUCGUAUUCGGUCCACCAUAAUAACACGACGAUAAUAUUUUAUAUAUUUCGUAUCACUGGGAUGAAUCGCUAAGAUACGAGGUCCCCUUGCUAAAUAAACUCGAAGGUAAAGCAUCGGUGCUAUUGCUUCCGAUGGCAUGACGACAGGCACGGCUCUCGGCUAUCGUGAAUUGUAAUCGCGAAGUUAUGGCAGAAACCUCGAUACUGCGAUUCCCUAUCUCGGGAAAGGAAAACGAGUACUUCUUGUUAGAGGUGUCUUCGAACGGCUCUCGGCCGCUUGACCUAAAGCUGAUCGGUUCGGAGAGCACAGCUGUGUUCGUGACAAAAUUACGUCAUAAGAGGGUUGGUGAUUACAUGGUACAAGAUGGCCCUUGCUCUCGCGAAGAGUGGGAAGACAUCCUGACUUCCACCUUGACCAACCGGGAUCCGAUAUCUGAUAUCGACAUUAAAGCCGACCUUCAACCAGAGGGUGAAUAUAUCUCCCUCUCCUUCCGGAAGAACAUCGAAGGAAUUACACAACGUCUAGGAUCUAUCAGGCUAGAAGAAGAUGAAAAGACCGAGAUCUCCCCAUUUGAUUGGUGUGUCUCAGCUAUUGGGGCUCGAGAGAAGGUUCAAGAGGAUCUAGCAGACACUGUCGCUAAGGUCCAAGCCGUUGAGGAUUCGCUCAAGGAGCUCAAAGGCCAACUAAACGACCUUAUCAAGGCAAAGGAAGAGGAUGAGACAGAACUCCUCGAAAAAUUCCGAGACCUCUUGAACGAGAAAAAAGUCAAGAUCCGGCAACAGCAGCGCCUACUGGCAGCUGCAAAUGUCGAUCAUGAGAAGCUCGCCAAGAUCGGCGGAGGUCAGAAGAAGGAAAAGCAUGUAGCUCAAUCAUCCCGCGCCUCGAAACGGAAAAUCAAAGAAGAACCGGAAAGCAGCGAUGACGGGUUUGAAAAGAUGGAUGUUGAGGAUGAGAAUGAUGACGAUAGUGCGAAGCUAGAUAUUGAGGAAGAUCAUGGGGAUACCACAGCGGAUGAAACUGCGAGUGGAACGGGCACAGACGACGAACCAGCACCUCCACCGGUCAAGACCAGAAGGCCCCAAGCCACAGCGCCAAAACAAAAUGCUCGAGCGUCCACAUCAGCAAAAGCAGCCCACAAAGCUGGUAGUACAGAAGAGGACAGCGACGAACCUCCGCCACGACGAGUCUUACCAUUCAUGAAGAACAAACAGCCUGUACCACCACCGCCGAACUUAUCCGACGAUGACGAAACGGAAUCUGACGAGGAGCUAUGAUGACUUGAUGUUAGAUACAUACCGCAAGGGCAAUGAGACAACAUGUUCACGAUACAGACGGGGACAGU